UUGACUUCCGUUUGCCAAGCUGGCCUCAUAUCGGCUCAUUUUAGAGUCUGAAAUGGAGAAAUUGUGUUACAUAACAAAAUAUGUAUUGCAUAUAAGUUAUGGUUAUUGAAUUUAUUCAACUGACCCAGAAGCCCAAGCAAGGUAUGGCUACCAGAAUGGAUGGUUAGCGAAGUCAGGGUAGAUAUAAAAGAAAAUGUUUGCAAAACUGAAGAAAAAAAUAGAAGAGCAAGGGGGAAAUGUCCCUGAUGCUGAAAAGUUUAAUAGUGGGAAUGCUUCAACACUCAGGAAAGGCAGCAGUCCUCUUCAGACCUCUGGGGGAGAGGAGUCAAUAGACACACCACUUCAGUCUCCCAUAAAGCAAGAGGAGAAUGUUGAAACGGUGGGGACUAAGGAGGAGGUAAUGAACUUACUGGUCAAAAGAACAGACCAAUGCAAGAAGAUGGAGAGUAAAAUCAGUGAAUAUGCAGCCAUCAUCAAGGAGAAAAACAAAGCAAUAGAUAAAUUAGAAGCCAGUCUGGAGAGGCAGCAGGAGGCCAUGGACAAGAAGAUUCAGGAACAGAAUGAGCAGUACCAGAUUAGUCGAGCCAAGCUGUCAGAAGGAUUCACGCUUGCUCUGCAGAAGAAAGACGAAGAGAAACAGACCUUGAUUGACAGAGUUAAACAAUUAGAAGGAGAGAAAACUGAGCAGUUCAAACGAGAGGAAGAGAGUGAUGAAUUACAAGGACUUACAGCUCAGGAAAUGGCUAAAGUCAAGCACCUGCUACUGAACACCCAAGAAGAGUUGACUAAAGUAAAGGCAGAACUCGCGGAGAAAUCAUCCCAAUUACUGACUUUGGAGACAUCUAGUGAAAAAUCUGCACAAGAACUGAAGACAGCUCAGACAAAACUAGAGGAACUACAACAAACAUGUGAAAUGUUAACAGAAGAGAACUCCUCUCACACUCAGCUAGUGGGGAGUCUGUCAACCCAGAAAGAGUCCUUAGAAACAAAGAUAGACCAACUGACAGCUCACAUAGCAGAGAAAACAUCACAAAUUUCUUUCUUGGAAGAAAGUAAAACAGAAUUGGAAAACCAGCACCAAGGGAUGACGAGAAAUUUUGACCUCCACAAGAACAAGACAACUAAACUGUUAGAAGAGAAGGAUGAUCACAUAGAAAAGUUACAGGAGAGGAUCCAGAUGUUAGAACAAAGGUUCCAGGACCAGAAUCUGGAGGGAGACGACAGAACCAGGGCAGUAGAAAAUGAGAGGAAAACACUGGAAAAGAAGCUGGAGGAAAGUCGUCAGCAGCUGACAGAAAUCAAGUCCACGUGGAGUGACAGGAUCUCUCACCUGGAGGAGCAGAUUUCUCACCUCAAUCAGAAGAUUGUCGAGGACAGUGAGGAGCUGGCACAAAGCCAGAAACUAACGGAGACAGUCCGGGAGAAUAACAAAACACAGGUCCAACAACUUCAAAGUAAGCUAGAGGAUGCUGAGAAGAGAGCAGAGGAAAACUGGCAGCUGGCCAACAAAAAGGACCAAAUAUAUGAAAAGGAGAGAGCAGAGACUGAGAACCAGCUACAGAAAGUUAAAUUUGAGAAGAUUGAUGUCGAAAACAAUUUACGGGCCAAAAUUGAUUCUUUGGAAUCUCAGAUUCUGAGUCUUGAGGAGGCAAAAGAGCACGAAAAAAAUAAUUCAGUCAUCAAAAUUUCCCAGUUUGAAAGCCAGCAGCAGGACUACAUGGAUAAAUUGCUGCACCUAGAGAAGAGAGUGGAGGAGGUAGAGGAGGAGAAAAACAAACAUAUGAAUGAAGUUUUAUCUCUAACAAGUGAAAUAAGGGCCUUGAAAGAACAGUUGGAUUUAGAGCAAAAGAUGCAUGAGGAAUCUCAGGAAAAGGCUAAAAAUCAAGAGGCAAUGAUAUUAUCCAUGACAGCCGAAAUAUCGGAUGCCAAGAAAUUAACCAAGGACAGGGAAGGAGAGUUUUCCUCGUGUAGUAAAGAGAAAGAUGAACUGUGUCUCCGUAAUGCAGAGCUUUCACAGGAGCUAAUGAAAGUGAAGAAAGAUUUGGAAUCCGAGGUUCAACAACUACAGAGUGAUAUCAGGGAGAGAGAUGAUAAGAUAGAACAGCUUAAGGAGGAAAUCAGUAAAUCACAAAGUGAAAUUAGCGAGUAUGUAACGAAACUUAAUGAAUACCAGACUCUUCAGGAUCAACAUUCCACUCACAGCAGUCAGAUAACAGAGCUAGAACAACAGGUGACAGAUCUACAAGACCAAGUGGCGGAUAAAAAUAAAGCACUGAAAAAACAAGAACAGAGACUUAGUGAUCUGAAAAAGACAUUACAGAGAGAACUUAAAGUGCAGGCUCUACCGAACGAUCAACCCAUGAACAUACGGUCACAGUCACCUCUACGAGAGCAGGUCAGUGUUACAAAUCAGGCUUCGCAAUAUCCACAACAGCACUCGGACGGUGUUCACAAUGGUGGUGCACGGGGCAGGACCCCGCCAUCACCAAAUUACACAACUUUGGUUCAAUCAGGAGAAACUAACUUGUCUCCCAACUCGCCUGCAGUUCUGCAUGACUUUAGUAGUGUUCAACGUUCAAAGCAAUAUCAGGAUGGAAUUAAAAGUUUACAAGACAGUAUAGAGGGGAGGGGCAAUAUUCUAAAUAGUGCUGCAAAUAUGAACUCUUUGGAAAAAGACGUCAAUUUCCAAUAUCUGAGGCAUGUUGUGAUGAAGUUUAUGCUGAGUCGAGAGGCAGAGGCAAUACAGCUAAUAAGAGCUGUUUCAGUGCUACUGAAGUUCAGUGCUGAAGAACAGAAACUCAUCAGAGAAACACUCGAGUGGAAAAUGUCAUGGUUUGGUAGCAAGCCUCCGACGGGGGCGGGUCAGAGGUCCAAAUUUAUACCACCAUCUUUCUAGGCAGUCAACUUGUGACCUUUUGUCAGGGCAUUGAACCUAUGGUAAACUACAAAUCUGAAAUUUAUAUAGCAAAAAAUAGUGUAUUUUAAAACUGUGUUAAACAAAUAGUUAUUGCUGUAACUUUUGGAAAUUUAUUUGGCCACCGAUAUUGGUCCAACUCUUCUUAAAAGUCAAUAUAAUUGCAUAAUCAAAAAUAAAAAAAAGAUUUGUCCAUUUAAAAAGAAUAUUGUUAUGGAACAGAAAAAUGUUAUUUUGAUAUAAUGUUGUGAUUUGAUUUUUGUGGGGGACACAUUCUGGUUGUGAUAGUGGUACAGACAUUCACAUUUUAACUCUUCAAUGCACUGUAUGAGAGAAAAUGAGUUACAAAAUAACAAUUCGUUAACCACAACACCAAGUCGCCACAAAUGUGCAAUUUUAAUGGGUUUUUUUUUUUUUUUUUUUUUUUUUAUACAAACCACGAAAAUACUUGGUUUAACGAAGUGUACAUUCAACAAAAUAUGUGUCACAGUGUCUUUUGUUAAAAUGUCAGCAACAUCUUAUCUUCAUGCACAUACAAAAAUGUCCCGACCACUGUGUAGAUUUUUAAAUUUUACACGACUUCAUGUCCGUGAUGAAGUGGAUUGAUUGCUCUAGAUGGUAGCAAUGGUUACAUCAUAUUGUCAUGCAACUUAUGUAUUCCUGUACUGGAAUAUUAAAUUAUAAAUCUUUGAA